AAUGUUUUCGACGCAGCAUCCAGAAAAGGUUCCAUUUGCAAAGUUUCACUUAGAAGUUAUUCGGCAGUUAUUGGAAAGGUAUUCAUCGACUGAGGCAAAACCACUUCAUUUUGAUCAGGGGAAUGCAAGGCUGACAGAACGGCAUUUUCCGGAAUUGGUUCCUAGAAAAGAGGGAAAGAAAAGUGCCACUAGGAGAUGCAAAGUCUGCUCCCAGACAAAAGCAGGAAUAAAGAAAAGAAAGGAGAGCAGCUACAUGUGUAGAGAAUGUGACGUUGGGCUAUGUGUAGUGCCCUGCUUUCGGAUUUAUCAUCAAGUAGCCGACUUUUAAAAGUUAACUUGCAC